AUGGGUAUGCCAUAUGACAACACUACGACUGCGACCGCCGCUAUCACCAACGACUACGGUAUCGAUGCUCGUCGCUACUCGGACUCUUCGACCGACUCUGCUGCUCCUGAAAUGGUGCGGUUCGAGGAGAAGGGCGCGAUAGCCGACUACAUUGAGAUGUGGGACUACGUUGGUGGCAUUAGGUUCCGGGGUUUCGUUGCUCAGAAGGAAGACGAGAGGGCCAUGUUCAUCUUCUUCGAUGAAUCCGUCAUCAACGGGGAUUUGAAGGCUGGUCUCAUGGCCCUCCUCGAACUCUGCGAAGUCGACUACUUCUCCUGCGAUCGUCUCGUCCUGUGCAUCGACCGCCACGUCGACCAAUCCGCUCUGGCCAACGUAACCAAGGAUCUGGGCUGGAUCGGCUUCGGCCUCACAACGCUCGACGAGUUCAGCCAGGGCGAAGAGUUGACAAGCAAGAAAUGGUUGUUCAUGGAUAUGGAGAUAUAA